GUGAUGAAGAUGGUUUAUAAUAUGCAUGUUCAGUCUUUGCACUUGAUCAUCAAAGGCAUUUAUGUAUUUUGAUGAGCAAUAACGAAGUUCUCGAUCUUUUAGUUUAUAUUUUCACAUUUUCAUGGAGAAUCUCUUAACACUAUAUUCUUCUGCUAACAAAUCAAUAAAACGCAGGUCUUAUAAAGCUCACGGGGAAAAGUGUGAUAGUAAAUUAGAGGAUCAAAACCAAAAACCUAUUUGACAAUUUUCUUUCAUAUAAAUAUAUAUAUAUAUAUAUUUAUAUCCCUUCCACUUUUUCAUCACGUAUAAAAAUUAUAUUGUGCAAGAGGGAAUCAUGUAUGGAGAUUGUCAAGUAAUGUCAUCCAUGGGAGGAAACGUGGUUCCCUCGGAAACCCUAUUUUCGUCUCCGAUCCAAAACCCUAAUUUCAACUUCAUCUCCACCAUGCCUACUUUUCAACCCUUCUCCUCCGUAGUUCCUGAAGAGAACGGCCUGCUCUUGAGGGGAAAAGAAGAGAUGUUGGAGAGUGGUUCGGGCAGUGAACAAAUGGAAGACAAGUCAGGGAACGAGCAAGAGAGCGCCGAUCAACAACAACUACAACAACAACAAAAGAAGAAACGCUAUCACCGCCACACCGCUCGCCAGAUCCAAGAAAUGGAAGCUUUGUUUAAGGAAUUUCCACACCCAGAUGACAAGCAGAGGAUGAAACUGAGCCAAGAUCUAGGGCUCAAGCCAAGGCAGGUCAAAUUUUGGUUCCAAAACCGGCGAACGCAGAUGAAGGCACAACAAGACCGUGCUGAUAAUGCAAUACUUAGAGCGGAAAAUGAGACCUUAAAGAAUGAGAAUUAUCGUCUACAAGCGGCGCUCCGCAAUGUUAUAUGCCCUAAUUGUGGUGGUCCGGCGAUAAUCGGUGACAUUUGCUUGGACGAACAGCAACUUCGCCUUGAGAAUGCUCGACUAAGAGAGGAGUUAGACCGAGUUUGUUGUCUGACUUGGCGAAACACCGGCCGGCCAAUGCAAGGAAUGGAACCUCAACCUCCAACCCUAAUGCCUCCAUCCUUGGACUUGGACAUGAACAUCUAUUCUAGGCAUUUCCCCGAUCCGAACACCAUGGUUCCGGUCCCAAUGCUGCCACCGGAGCCUUCUCACUUCACGGUGGAGAAUGGCUUACUACUUGAGGAAGAGAAGUCUCUUGCGAUGGAGCUCGCCAUGUCUUCUGUGAACGAGCUCGUGAAGAUGUGUCAGUCUGGCCAUCCUCUUUGGAUCCGAAAGGGCGAAAAUGGGAGGGAAGUGCUCAAUGUUGAAGAGCAUGCAAGGAUGUUUCCGUGGCCUUUGAAUCAUGACCUUAAGCAGAAUGGCGCCAGUGAGUUUAGGACUGAAGCCACUCGUGAUAGUGCUGUUGUUAUCAUGAAUAGCAUCACUCUUGUCGAUGCUUUCCUUGAUGCUAAUAAAUGGAUGGACUUGUUUCCAUCUAUUGUUUCUAGAGCUAAAACUCUUCAAGUUAUUUCAUCUGAUGCUUCUGGCCAAGCAAGCGGUUCCCUUCAGCUGAUGUUUGCGGAACUAGAAUUUCCUUCGCCGUUGGUACCGACGAGGGAGGCUAAUUUUCUCCGGUAUUGCCAACAAAACGCAGAGGAAGGGAGUUGGAUAAUUGUUGAUUACCCCAUUGACAGCUUUCAUGACAUCCUUCAUCAGCCUUCGCUUCCCAGAUACAAGAGACGUCCCUCUGGCUGUGUUAUCCAAGACAUGCCUAAUGGAUACUCAAGGGUCACUUGGAUUGAACAUGCAGAGAUAGAGGAGAAGCCGGUUCAACAGAUUUUUAGUCACUUUGUCCAUAGUGGAAUGGCAUUUGGGGCGUCUCGCUGGUUGGCUGUCUUGCAGAGACAAUGUGAAAGGGUUGCAAGUCUCAUGGCUAGAAAUAUUUCAGAUCUUGGAGUUAUACCUUCUCCGGAAGCGAGAAAGAACAUGAUGAACCUGGCUCAGAGAAUGAUAAAAACAUUUUGUGCAAACAUUAGCACCUCCGGUGGGCAGUCAUGGACAGCUCUUUCUGAUUCUCCUGAUGACACUGUUAGAAUAACCACGCGGAAGAUCACCGAGCCUGGCCAACCCAACGGCCUCAUUCUCAGUGCCGUUUCGACCACUUGGCUCCCAUAUCCUCACAACCAAGUCUUUGAACUCUUGAGGGAUGAACACCGCAGAUGCCAGCUCGAAGUCCUUUCAAAUGGGAACUCCUUACAUGAAGUGGCUCACAUUGCUAAUGGCUCUCAUCCUGGGAACUGUAUUUCUCUUCUUCGAAUCAAUGUUGCGAGCAACUCAUCUCAGCACGUAGAGCUGAUGCUGCAAGAGAGCUGCACCGACCAGUCAGGCAGCUUGGUGGUCUACUCAACCAUGGAGGUGGAUGCCAUCCAGCUCGCCAUGAGCGGCGAGGAUCCGUCCUGCAUCCGGAUCCUCCCCAUUGGCUUCUCCAUCAUCCCCGUCGAACCAACCGCCGCAGUAGCCUCCCCAGCCGACGGCAGCUCCUCCUCCGCCGCUGCCGCUUCAUCCUCGGAGGCGGCUGCUGCUGCUGCUGCUGCAGCCGGAUCAGCAAAACCAAGCUGUCUUCUCACCGUUGGCCUCCAUGUAUUGGUCAGCACUAUCCCUUCCGCAAAGCUGAGCCUCCCAAGCGUGACCGCCCUCAACAACCACUUGAACAACACGGUGCAUCAGAUUGUGGCUGCUCUUGGCAGCACCACCACCACUACUACUAAUUGCACGACGGAAAAUGGCAGUACCAGCUUGGAAGAGGGUCUCAAUUAACUUCCUUAAAAAAAAUGGCAUUUCUGUCUUUGUCAUGUUAAUGUUUUCUAAGGGGCAUUUUGGUAUUUUAUGGGGGUUGUGCUGGUGGUAGUAGUACCACAUAUAUAUAUAUAUAUAUAUAUAUAGUCAAGUGGUGGCUGUCCUUUUGGGUAAAUAAUGGAUAUUGAAGAAGUGUUGGGGUUGUGUAGGGUUUCGGAGAGUAGUAGUGUUUAUUAUUUUGGUGGGUAGUAGUAGGUGGAAGAAAUUUAAAAAAAAAAAAAAAAAAAAAGUGUGUAUUUUGAAGGGGAUUUGCAGUUGAUGGAUUGGGAAAUGAAGGUGUGUAAAAGACUAAGAGGGGGAGUCAAGAGCGCACCAGAUAAGAUCCUUGGUUUCUGGUAAGGCUCAAUAUUUUCAAAAAAAAAAAAAGUAUAUUAUGGGCCUCACCAGUCAGCAAGGGUGGUGGUUCGGGUAUUGACUCCUGCUUGUCUCUCUAGCUCUUUGUCGUUUUGUGUUUAUGAUGAUAUGAAUUCAAUGCUCUUCUGAAUAUUUCCUUUGAAUAUAUAACAAUAUUUAUUUCUUUA